AUGAAAGGCCAAGUGUUUGGAAUAAUUUUACUCACAUUUUUUGUGUUUAACGAUGCAAAAUGGACAAAUCAUGAUAAUGAUCUUAGUAUGGAUUUGAUUGAACAACCAUUGAUUCAUCGUGAAUUUUGGGAUGAGUAUCUUUCAGUGAAACAAAGAGAAACUCCAAUAUUUACUGAAGCUCAUCGAAAAUUUCAGAAUGAUUCAUUGGAUAUUCAUAAUACCUUGCGUACUCGUCAUUGUGUACCACCAUUAAUACUCGAUGAAGAAAUAAAUAUACGUGCUCAAAUUUAUGCUGAACAACUUGCUAAAAUGAACGGUAGUUUAAUACAUAGUACUGAUCGACGUGGUCUUUAUGGAGAAAAUCUUUAUGCAGUAACACGUAAAACCCGUAUUACCAAUCUAAGUGCUGCUAAAGUAACACUUACAUGGUAUGCAGAGAUCGAAUUUUAUGAUUAUGACAAGCCAGGUUACAAAACAAGUACAGGUCAUUUUUCACAAAUUGUUUGGAAAGAUACAGAGAGACUUGGUGUUGGAUAUGCUACGGCAAGAGAAGGUCUUAAAAUGUAUGUUGUUGCACAAUAUGGACCACCAGGCAACUAUGGCUUCGAGUUCAGUACAUGUGUUCUUAAACCAUUAUGUUAA